AGACGUACAAGGCUCCCAGGAUGAAAACGCCCAUCAAGGCGGCUUUCUGGUUCCGUCCCAUCUGAAGACUGCGGAUCACGGGGAUGGGAAGCAGGAAGACGAAGAUGUCAAAGGCGGUGUUCCAGGCGGCGUGGGCGUACCAGAAGGGCGGGGCCUUGAAGCAGUGCCCGCCCUUGAUGGUUUUGUUCCAGUUGAACUUGAUGGGUUCGCACUGGAAGGUGGUGGCGAGGGUGAAGGCGAUGAGGGCCGCCCAGACGGAGUAGAUUGUUAGCUGGCAGAUGGUGCGGAAGCGGGGGUGGCCGGUGAAGAUGUCGAGGUAGAGGUAGAGGAAGGAGAGCUUGGUGAAGGAGACGAGCAUUUUGUAGAAGAUUUGGUAGAUGUAGAAGUACUGGCGGUGUUAGUGGGGUUACGAAGAAUUGAGAGGCAUACUGUUUACCAUGCCAGACAUCUGGACAUAUUUGAUGCCAUUAUGCUUGAUCAGAUUUCGUUCAACGCUGGGCAAGAUGCAACAAACCAACGGCUCCAACAGCGAGUUGGAUAAAAGCAUUUACCUAGAGACUUGUUAGGAUAGGUCUAUAAAAUCUUUCAAAAGCAAUUCUCACCAACGCAGCAAGAACACACCAGUCAGACUUCCCAACAGAACCAGUCUGGCUAUAUCUCCACCAGAAACGAAUUCCCACCAGAAUGCCCGCAACAAAAGUCAACGGAAACGCAACAUGAAUCCACAACAUCCCCGUCGACUCGGCAUUAUCAGAGAAGUUUGGGGCGUGUGCCGACGACAUGAUAAGUGUGCUGCUUUAACGACUAGAAGAAAAGAAGGAGCGAGACCUCGAAGUUAAAGACGAUUCCAGAGGUGUCUCAGUGGGAUCUGAUAUGACCAAGAUCUCCCCAAGGCGAGGCGCUGAAGCUUAAAGGGUGGAUAUGGCGGGCUCAAGUAUCCAUUUGUGCGUGACCUCAAUAUAUGGAAGGUUGGUUCACGGUUUAGCGAACCCUUGCUUCCACCUCCGCGUGCUCGUUUUUGGAAAUUAACGAGCGUUCACAGGAUGGCAACAACAAAAUCUAAGCUGUUCCUGCGUUCUACUCCGGAUCACACCGACCGAUGAGGAGUAAACCCGGUGGUGGCCUGCUCGGUCCGCGUUAGAACGAGGGUACUUAGGAGUUCCGCCAUGCAUCUGUAUCGACAUCGUUGCACAAGGAGAAACCCGCGAUCCCUGCGAUACUCAACUAUAUCGCCAGUGGAGCCUGUCAAAACUGGGAUGGGAGAUCAAAGCGAAAGGAGAAGUAAAAGGGGCCGAUCGAGGCUCAUUGGAGACAUCCCUGGCUUGUGCGAUGGAAACAACUCGAGACACUCCGUGGCCCGUAUGGCUGGUCACCGAGUAGUGGGGCGGGCACUGCAUCGUUGCUUCCGGGCUGAAGAUGGACUGGCGUCUGUGGUGAGAAAAGUAGGAGAGGGAAUCAAUAGAAGGGAAUUUGAUAGGCUGGUGGCCGAGGACAACAAUGGCAGGAAGCCACAGGGCCGCGAAGCUGCCUUGUCGGCGUACCGGGGUAACCCUUGACUAUUUUGAGACAUUCAUCUUCGGAUGCGUUCACCAGAGAUUGCAUUGGCACUAUAGAGCCAACAGGUGAAUGAGAAGGAAGAAAGGAACAUAUGGCUUUCCAAUGAGAGGCACUCACUCUAUCGGGCACACGCGCUGUAGCUGUGACGAACAGGCCAUUGAAGCAUUGCCGUCCCGGCGGCAUGAUCAGUCACAUGCUGUAUAACCUUACCUGUGAAGGUUUCUAAACAAAUACUUACACUAACCGUGUGUGCGGAGUGCAUUGCAUUGUGAAGAAAUCCUCCGAAGAAAGUUAAUGUUGACAUGAAUCCGACCGCCGGAGAGAUUAUACGACACGCGGCGGCAGAAUAGAGGGGAGUGGAUUUAUCAACACAGUAAUACACAGUGGUAAGUGGACACUUUAGCCAGGACCAGGAUCGUCGCCGCUUAUAAUGCCAACGAUUGCUUGUGAAUUUGCUUGUGGCUUUCGAGCCGCUGUCUGUGUGGCUAGCUGAGCGACUACUGCGCCAAAGUGGACCAAAAAACCCACGAAAACCCACUUCAUCACUUACGAACGCCCCUGUUAUUGUUAUUGUCACGAUUCAGAACUCCCCAGUCGGCGUUGAGAAGGGAAAUGCAAAUUCUUCACUCUGCCAGACUUGUCAUCGCCCGCGCACUGUGCAAGCUGCAAGAGACAGCGAAGGUCGAUCACAGGACGUGUAGUUUUCCUACGAUUCAAAAGCGGCGGAUUGCUUCGUGGCCAGCUUUCUUCCCAGUGCCCAUGGAUACGGCUACCGGCACGUAAUUUUAUUGAAGAAUACAGCGACGGACGGACUUGUCGUCGGCCAGGGUCCCUGUAUUCUGCGUGCAGAGCGCAGAGUGGGGGUGGGUUCUCACAACAACCCAUGCUAUAUUCCUGCUCCAGGAUGGAUGGCACUCCUUGACCUUGGGAUUUUAACCCUGAAACCGUUCCCUCCAGUUCAGCGAAGACAAUGCAAUUAACUCCAUUGGAGGAAACCUUGCGAAUGGGCCUGCACGUCCAUACUACUCUGCAGCGAUGCGUGCUCUGGACUAUCAGAACGGAGGUCUCCGCCGAUGCACCCCCCUCCAAGGACCAAUCUGGCCACCACAAUGCAACUCCCGUAAAAUUGACUUCCUGCCAUUAUUGUGGCUGAUCCCAGCUAAAGCCAAAGUGUCCAUGUUUACCAUGGUACCGGAAAGGCAAUAGAACGCUGCCGUGAUACACUCGAUGCCGUCUUGCGCGCCCCGUCAGCUGGUCCCGUUCUUUUUCAAUCCCCUUUGACACAUCCCUCAUAUUGGCUUCAAAACAUUCCGCACCUCACACUCGUUUGGCAGGUCAGACAGGAGCCAAAAACGUGGCACCCACGAGGACUGUGCGCGUUACGCAAAUACAUCUACCCCUUCCUUCGCACAACAUCACAAAGCAUAACCUAUAACGUUCUUUACCCAUCACUCCUUGCGUCAGUGAGCGCAGAUCCUUCGCGAUGUCAGACCUCGAAAAAUCCCCAGUGGUUGCUGCAGAUUCCGCGAAGCCUUCGUCCCCAACAUCCUCUGAGACCCUCUCAGUCAACUCAGAUGUCCCCGUCCUCACGCCCUUCCAGUAUCGCAAAUUGAUCUGGAAGUUGGAUCUUCACUUGCUUCCUCCGCUAUGGGCUCUUUGGUUCUGCUCGCUGAUUGACCGCGUCAACAUUGGCAAUGCCAAAAUCCAAGGCCUCGAGAAGGACCUGCAUAUGAACCCCAAGAGCAACCAGUUCAAUGUUGCUCUUGUGGUCAUCUUCAUUGGCCUCGUUGGGUUUGAGGUGCCUAGCAAUUACCUCAUGAAGCGCGUCAGCCCGCGGGCAGUGUUGUGCGCUGAGACUCUUUUACUUGGUAUCUUCACAAUCGGCCAAGGUCUGAUCACCAAUUGGGGCGGCCUAGUCGCCAUGCGUUUCUUCGUCGGCAUCUUCGAAGCUGGUCUGAUCCCCGGAAGCGUCCUGCUCCUUAGCCAGUACUAUCCCCGAUAUGAGCUGCAAUGGCGUCUCAACAUGCUCAUGGUCGGCAACGCGAUUUCAAGUGCCUUCGGUGGCCUUCUGGCCCUCGCCAUCGCUGACAUCCACUCCUCUAAUGGCUACAAGAGCUGGCGCUGGAUCUUCAUCAUCGAAGGCAGCAUGACAGCUGGUUGCACCCUCGUCGCAUAUUUCCUCAUGUCCGACUGGCCCGAGACAGCCAAAUGGCUCUCCGACACCGAGCGCGCCAUCCUCAAGGCCAAAAUCCGCGGCGACGGCACCGUGGGAUCCAUGGACCGUCUCGACGGAAAGGCAAUGCGCCGUAUCCUCCUGGACUGGAAGAUCUGGAUCUGCACCCUCAUGUUUAUCUGCUCUAUCGUAGCCGUCUACUCCAUCAACCUCUUCGCCCCAACCAUCGUCAAGCAAUUCGACCCCACCGCCUCGGUGCGCCACAUCCAAGCCCUCGUCAUCCCCAUCUUCAUCGCCUCCGGCGCCGCCACGCUCGCCGUCUCCUACGCCUCCGACAAGCUCCGCCAUCGCUACGCAUUCGCCAUGUUCGGCUGGAUGCUCACAUUGAUCGGACUCGUUAUCAUGAUCAACCAGCGCCACGUAUCCGUCAACGCCCGCUACGCAGCGCUGUACCUCAUCUCCAUCGGUGGCUACAUCAGCGUGCCUCAACUAUGGACGCUGUUGGUCAACAACUGCUCUGGAUCGUACAAGAUCGCUUUCGCUGUCGGGUUUGAGAUGGGUCUCGGGAACAUGGGCGGUAUUAUCUCCUCCCUCACCUUCCAGGGCAGCCAGGCACCGUUCUACGAUAUGGGAUACCGCGUCAACCUUGGCCUGGUGUGCGCGGCGAUGGUGAUGGCGACGGGGUACGUUGGAGGUAUGUGGUGGGAGAAUAAGCAGAGGGAUGCGGGGAAGAGGGAUCAUUUGUUGGAGGGGGAUGAGAAGGAUAAUUUGGGGGAUGAUCACCCGUCGUUUAGGUAUGGGUUCUAAGUUGGGCUUUGGGGGGGUUGUGUGUUGUUUGUCAAAGUAUUUAUUUAGCGCAUGGUAAUUUGGCAUUGGAGGAGGUAUAGGGGAGUAUUGUAAAACAGAAAAGGA